AUCAAGUGUAGCUGUAGUACACAUUUGGCUUCAUGCAAAUCUCCCUGGUUUGUCUUCAGUAUCUCCACACCCCUCUGACAAACCUCCUCAAACCUGCUUUACACCUAACUAUACCACUCCUGGGCUAAUUCAACCAUUUAACAAACAAAAAAAGCCAUAAACAGAACUGUCUGCUUCUAGUCCAUGUGGCUUUUCUUUAGCAGGUGAGACGGGAGGCAAACUAGCAACGUAUCGUGGCUCGGGGCUUCCCUAAUAUCAGGCGCAUUGAUGCUGCCUCAGGGCUCUACUGCUUGGGCAUAGACUCCACCCCAGAGAGAGUCACCACCUCAGACAAAAAGAGAUAUACUCAUCAGACUUAUCAGAAACCAGUCAGACAGAACACCUAACCGUGUGGACGCCCGCGUUCAGAGAAAACCACAUCGGCCAGAGUGUCCCACUCAGGGACAGCCAUACUUUCAAGGAGGUCACCUGUGGACAUACAUCAAACGACAAACAUCCAGCAUCCAGAACGUCGAAUCGGACGACAGGACUGACAAUUAACGCUAAACUGGAUUCAGAAAACGGCGCCAGGAUGGACACUCUCCAGGGGAGAAAACCAAAGAAACCCCAUUACAUUCCUCGACCACCUGGCAAACCUUUCAAAUACCAGUGCUUCCAAUGUCCGUUCACCUGCAACAUCAAAUCUCAUCUCUUCAACCACAUGAAAUACAACUUGUGUAAGAACUCCAUCUCAUUGGUGUCUCAACGUAUGGAGCAGACAGGAAAAACGCCUAGAGCUUCCCAGCGUAAUAUUUCAUUCAGCCAAAACACUAAAGAACGGCCACUAGAGGAUGAAGCCGACAAAUAUCUGGAGAAGACCAACGCCAACAACAAUGAUCAAGCAGAAAUGGGUAAAGAAACAAAAGACAAGCCUGAAAGCCCUACAAAAGAAGUCACUAAGGCUGUUCUUGAACCAGUUAGUGAGACCAGAGACAAACGUUCAGCAGUGGACAUUCAACAGAACAAACUAUCUUCAGCUUUCUCACCGGUUACACGAAUGUGUGAAAGCGAAGCUCCACCACUGCCUCUGCAAAAGGAUGAUCAAUCCGCAUCAUCCAUUUCUCAGUUCUACCACCAAAUGCCAUCCUGGGUUCCACCCGCUACCGCAACACCCCUUCUUCCUUUAAUGCCGGACUAUUCUCCCUAUAUGGUAACCGAGCGCCCCCUGCAUUCCCUCUAUGCACCCUACUCCCUAAACCAACCAAGCACUACAGCUUACCAACUUACAUCUCGAGAGACCCAAAGACCCCUGGUUCCAUCACCUCUGGUCCCACCCAGUGCAUCCCUUCUCCACUCAUAUCACUACAGAUAUGGCCAUCCUAUUACUCCCGGCCCACCGCUACCCCUCAGCCUCUAUCAACACCCUGAACUACCCAUGUCCCUACAGAGGUCCAGGUAUUUGCCUUUGGAUGUGUAUAGCCACAGGUUCUAUCCCCGAGAGUAUGGAGGGCACCUGGUCCCCCAAUCUCAUUCUGACUCUUACAGUAGGAUUGAGGACAGAGUUAUCCAGGAGCACAGUGGAGACAAGGGUACUCGCCAAAGUCCUUUAGCAGGCUGUGCUGCCUCUGGGUCUCCAGACAGGCCCAGUGCUGCAGGUGUCACCCAGCGUGUCCCUGUUACACUCAGGCACACCUCCCAUGGGCAGACACUUUCAAUCGGGCAAUCACAGAAUGUAAUGCAAGGUCCAGCACCAAUGACAGCAACCACCAACUUACCCCAGAAAUCAUGUGGACAACCUCAAGAGAAUACACUACCGAAUAUUGAGAGAAAUGAAUUGCAAACCACAAUUUCAGCAAGCAGCUACAAUUCGUCAGACAAGGAGGAGGACGAAAUGGAGGAGGAGGAGCCAAGACCCCUUAACUUGUCAAAGAAAGAUCAGCCCGCAUCUAGAAACAUAAUAAACCAUUAUCCUGACCAAAAUCUCCAUUCUGAUUCAGAAAGUGGACAAGAGGAGGCACCACUCAACCUAUGCCUAAGGGUACCGACCAAGAACCUUCGCAAUACCACAAGCCUUGAAACUCCAGGAAAAGAAACCGUCCAAAAUUCUGAGGUAUCCAUAGAACAAGAUCUAGACUCUUGUGACCAGAGGCACUCAGCAGCAUUUGCUCUGUGUCAACUUGCAAGCUCAAGGGACAUUAUCAAAGAAUCCCCUGUUGGCCAACAAGAGACAACCAAGGACCAAAACAGCCGAUGCACUCCUUCCCCAGAUAACCAUCCAGCCAAGGACACUCCAGACAUGGCCAAAGAAAGCACUCGAGCACUAUCACAAAAACGAGCAAAAAGCAGACCUCUGAGACACACUACCAAGAGAGCAAGGGUAAAAGAACCAGUCAGAACCCAAAGAAAAAGGUCGCAAAACUGUUAAUUUUGAAGUGUGAACACCUCCAAUUCAUAAAGCUGACAAAGAGCUUUGAAUGAAAGAUCGGUAGUAGAAACUUUACAGGAUGACGAGAUAAACCACACUGUAUACAUCAAUUACUACUGUACAGUAUUUUUAUCUGUAAAACUUAUUGAGUGUUUAAUGUAAAUAUUUUCUAUUAUAAGUAUUCUGCACUGACUUGACUUUACAGAUUAUACACUUUGUUCGCUUUGACAGACUUCGAAAAUCAUGCAACUGAGCAUUUAAAGGAACUUGGUGGUGGCAUUUUAAAUAAAGAAGCUUGUCAAACCAGGUAUUUGAAUAGUGUUUGCAUAAAGUGUAUCUGAUGUUUGCUUAUGCGUGUUUGAAACUGUGCAUGGUAUAACAUUAUACAAUAUUAUAACUGGUAAUACUAAUGUCAGUAGUAAAAGGAUGGCAAAAGAUGUCUGAGAUUAAGAAAAAUCAACACAUUUGGAAUUAUCUAUGUACUUUACAAAAAAAGUUCACCUUUAGUGUUUGAACUCCUAUGAAUUUGCUUCACAUGCCUAACAACAAAAUAAUUUUUUUACGAUAUCUUUCUGUCCAUACAAUGGA